GGGAAAGUUUCCCAGCCACUUUGUUUUUUCGCUAGUUUUCACAUUCUCAUUAUUUUGAGUCGUUGGCCGGGUGCGGUUCUUUCUUCCUUCCUUCUUUCAUGGGAAUGCGCUCUUUUAACAUUGUUCUCCAUUCAAUGACACCCAACAUUUACCUUCUCUUUCACAAGAAACCUUCAAUUGUCUACAAUUAUACUUCGACAUAACUCGACUCCACCAGAUCCAUACUCGAGACAUAUCACCUCCCCUAUAUUACACCCAGUUGCGUAACUGUCGCUUGAUGAGUCGGAGCUUUUCGCAGCUUCUUCACAUUUACCUAAUUUUACAAACCUUACUUUUCGCAUUAUAAUGACGGGUCGUGGUGGUGCACGAGGAGGCCGUGGCGGGCGUGGAGGCGGGCGCGGAGGUGGAGGUGGAGGCGGAGGCGGAAAGGGUGCAGUAAGACCUGGCGAUCCAAUUCCCUAUCCUCGCAAGAGAAGAUACAGGCCAGGAACUGUUGCGCUGAGAGAGAUUCGAAGAUUGCAAAACAACACAGAUCUACUCCUGCGCAAGUUACCAUUCGCUCGACUAGUUCGCGAAAUAGCUUUAACAAUGCGCCCGGCAGAUGAAGGGAUGCGAUGGCAGUCGCAAGCUCUCCUGGCGCUUCAAGAAUCUGCCGAGGCUUUUCUCGUCCACCUCUUCGAAGACACAAAUCUAUGCGCAAUACACGCAAAGCGAGUCACAAUCAUGCAGAAAGACAUUCAGCUCGCCAGACGAAUACGCGGUGUAUGGGGUGGUCUAGGCUGA